AUGCCGCCAAACGCGCCUCGUCCCAACCUCGCCGAUAGACGACUCCUGUCUGGCAUCUCCGUGGCAUCGAAGCGCUCCUAUCUCUCCUUUGCCACCUCUGCCUUUGAGGCAGACGAUGAGCGCUCGUCCUCCAACGGAAGCAUGAGUUCGGACGACAGCGACGACCGCUUGGCGCUGCCCGGCGCAGGUGUUCCCCACUACAGUGGGCAUGACGCCCGGCCGACCAGCCCCAAGGAGAUCCAGGGCUGGUACAUGUAUGCCUUUGCGGCAGAGACCUAUGUUAUCUGCGGAAUAGGCUCCUUUAUUCCGAUCUUGCUGGAGUCACUUGCUCGUGAAAAUGGCGUGCUCAUGUCUGACCCGACUACGCCGUGUGGCAGCAGCGACAGCAAGAACAAAGACGAUGGCCAGUGUGUCGUCUAUGUUCUCGGUAUGCCAAUCAACACGGCCAGCUUCGCCAUGUACACCUUUUCCGUCAGUGUUUUAGCACAGGCGCUCCUGGUAGUCAGCAUCAGCUGCGCCGCCGACCAUGGCAGCUACCGAAAGAAGAUGCUUUUGGCCUUUGCAUGGAUUGGCAGCUUCUCCGUCAUGUGCUACAUAUUUAUCAACAAGUCGCUGUACAUACUCGGCGCCAUCCUCACCAUCAUCUCCAAUACGUCAUUCGGAGCAUCCUUCGUCUUGCUCAACUCGUUUUUGCCGCUGCUGGUUCGCAAUCACCCAACGCUGCUUGCUGUGAAAGCCCCCGCCACGGCUGACUUUGGUGACUCGGAAACGCUACACCCGCAGAAUUCUGCCGAAGACUUGACCAACUCGAUCUCGGCGCUCCUGCCCGAUGAAGCUGCGGUUGGCAAUGGAUCGAAACGUGUAUUAACACACGCAGACAUUACUUCGAAGGAGCUCAAGCUAUCGACCAGCAUCUCCUCCACAGGAAUUGGUAUCGGCUAUCUUGCAGCAUUAUUUGUCCAAUGCGUUGCUAUUGGAAUUAUCAUCGCGAUGAAGAAUACGACCUGGUCACAGCGGGUGGCGCUAUUCGUUGUAGGCUGCUGGUGGGCCGUUUUCACGAUCCCAGCUGCGCUGUGGCUACGCCCGCGACCUGGCCCUCCGCUGACCAUCAACGGACGAACCGAAGGCAUUUCUUGGAUAUCAUAUUUUGUAUACUCUUGGAAGUCUCUUAUCAAGACUGUGCGCGUGGCCCGCCGACUGAUGGAUAUUAUGCUCUUUCUGGCGGGCUGGUUUCUUCUCUCCGACGCCAUUGCCACGACAAGCUCCACGGCUAUUCUCUUUGCAAAGACGCAGCUCCAUAUGAAGCCAUGGGCACUGGGCAUGAUCAACGUCAUUUCAACAGCGUCGGGUGUCUUUGGCGCCUUUGGCUGGUCAUGGGUAUCCAACUUUUUUGGCCUAAAGCCGCAUCAGACCAUUCUCGUUUGUAUCGGUCUCUUUGAGCUCAUCCCUGUCUAUGGACUCAUGGGCUAUCUGCCAUUUGUUCAGCACUGGGGUGUAGGGGGUCUGCAGCAGCCGUGGGAGAUGUACCCUCUCGCAGCAGUCUAUGGACUUGUCCUCGGAGGUCUCGGCGCCUACUGCCGCUCCUUGUACGGCGAGCUGAUCCCCCCUGGCUUCGAAGCAGCCUUUUAUGCGCUGUACGCCAUCACAGACAAGGGAUCUAGCGUGUUUGGCCCAGCGAUUGUGGGACGCAUCAUUGACAAGACAGGCAGCAUCCGGCCUGCGUUUUGGUUUUUGGGUGUCAUAGUCGGACUGCCGGCGCCGCUGAUCUACAUGGUCAAUGUCGAGCGCGGCAAGCUAGAUGGCAGUAAAGUUGCUGAGGCGCUGGAAGGGGUCGUGGCCGAUACCCAGCAAGAGGAGGGAGAAGAGGAGGAGAGACAUGCUAUGCUCGGGCAUGACGAGCGGCGCGAUUCGGAGGAGAACGCGAGAGGGUAG